ACUGGAUGUUGACCUUGCUAGUUCUCCCCGGCGUUGCGGCGGUCUACUUUUCCGCUGUGUGGAUGCUGAACGUGAAGCAGGAACGGACCACGAAGUCCGAUACCAGCUAUUUGGAGGCCGCUACCAUCGCGGAGGAGUGCUUUCGGAGUGUCCGGACGCUGUAUUCCUUCACGUCUGAGAAACGGGAAGUCCAGGGCUACGCCGCGGCGGUCGACCGUUCGAAGGAUGCCUACAAGACGACCGCGGUGAAAAUGGGACUGGCGCUCGGAUUCCAGGCCUCCGCGGUGUACAUUUUCAUUGCCAUUGCGCUGUUCUUCGGGCGGUUGCAAAUCUUCACGUGGAAAACUGGCCAGACCAGUGCGGGGGUGUUGGCGGUCAUUUUUCUCGUCUUCAACGGACUGAUCUAUCUCCAGCAGGCAGCGG